UAGUGUACAGUUGUAGGAGUUUUCCAAGUACAGUAGGUGGGCCGUGCGUCAGCUGAUGACGUUGGACAAAAAUGGCAGGAGGAAGCAGCAACUACUGGGAAGAUUUGCGAAAGCAGGCCAGGCAGCUGGAGAAUGAGCUGGACCUGAAGCUGGUGUCCUUCAGUAAACUGUGUACCAGCUACAGCAGCUCCAGAGAUGGCCGUCGAGGAGACAGUAACUCGGAUACUACUCCCCUCCUCAACAACUCGACACAGGAUAGAAUGUUUGAGACCAUGUCUGUGGAGAUUGAACAGCUCCUGGCCAAACUCACGGGUGUGAACGACAAGAUGGCGGAGUACACCAGCACCCCAGGUGUGACGUCCCUCAACGCAGCCCUGAUGCACACGCUCCAGAGACACAGAGACAUUCUGCAGGACUACACUCACGAAUUCCACAAAACCAAAGCCAACUUCCUUGCCAUCCGGGAGAGAGAAGAUUUGCUGGGCUCUGUCCGGAAAGACAUUGAGACAUACAAGAGUGGCUCAGGAGUAAACAACAGAAGAACGGAACUGUUUCUGAAGGAGCAUGACCACCUGAGAAACUCAGACCGGCUGAUGGAUGACACAAUAAGUAUUGCCAUGGCGACCAAGGAGAACAUGACAUCCCAGAGAGGGCUGUUGAAGUCCAUACACAGCAGGGUCAACACUCUGGCCAAUCGUUUCCCAGCCAUCAACAACCUCAUCCAGCGAAUCAACCUGCGGAAGAGGCGGGACUCCCUAAUCCUGGGCGGAGUCAUUGGCGUCUGCACCAUCCUCCUGCUGCUCUACGCCUUCCACUGAUGACGGACAGAGCGGUCGAACAAUCGUUACUCUGCGUUUGUAACAUCGGAAUCAGAACUCUGGAGAAUGGGCUUGAGUGAUUGGAGGCUACUGAGCAGACGGACAGACAGACCGACACCCUCUUGGCCCAAUCGGUUAACAGGAUUGAUCAAAGCCAUCAUGGACUACCUGAUUUGUAUUUAGCAGUGAGGGAAGGAGGAGAAGGAGAUGGGGAGAUGGAGCAGCAUCUUUUUUGUUUAGUUUUUCUAUCCAAAGUGAAUGUGCUGUUCAACUCUGGUUAAGGGAACGGAGACCAAAUUUACUAAUAUGACUAGGUUUUAAAGAAUUAUAUAUAAAGAACACUUGCUUCAAUGAGGAGUUAAAGGCUCUGAAGACAGAUUGCGGAUACGAAAGAGGGGGACUGUUUUGCUGUUGAUUUCUGAGGUGGAUGGAUUUUUUGUUGAAUGGUCGUUUUUUAGUGGCGGCAGAUUUAGGAGGUUUAUCAUCAUCAUGGGCUGUACAAUGUGCAUUAUUAAUAAAUUAUUAAUAUACAGUAUGUGAUAUUAGGCACUUAACAUUUUAGUUUUCAGUAUUUUUUUUAACUUCGACAUGUUUUGAGAAAUUGUAUUUUUCAUUGAAGGCCAUUGAUUCAACUCUAGUGCUGCAAAUACCAUUAUUCUGUUGUGCUGCAUGGAUGACGACUUCAUAAUGAUGACUUCAUAAUCACUGUAGUACUUUAAACAAUGGCCCACAUACAGGUGUAUGGUUAAACCAGAACUCUGACUUCUUUCAUUACGUGUUUCCCUCUACUUACACCGCUUAGCAGACACCUAUCCAAAGUAACCUGCUGUACAGUGAGUGCAUGCAUACAUUUUUAUAAUCGAAUCCACGACCUUGGCUGGUGCCAAGCUCUCACCAACUGAGCCACACAAGUUCACUUGUGAUCCAGAGAUCUGUAAGUGAUCAGCAUUCAGCCCUCUGUGCUUCUUCAUGAUCAAGGACCUACUAAGUCCUACCUUGAGAAAAGUCCACAAACCUUAAGUCGUACAUUGAUGUCAACUGGAAAUCUGUGUUCAAACUUUUGUUCCAUACUGAUUUUGAAAGUUAUGAUUCUGUUCUACCCUAUAUGCCCGUUAUCUUACAGAGCCUUAAACCUCUGUCUAUCCCUUCUGUCUCAUCCUGUUCUGCCUCCUGAAGAAGUUUUGGGCUGAUUAAUUUGUUAUUUGACUAACAUUUAACAUCCCUAAUAUGAACGUUGAUUUGAAAGGUGCUACAGUUGGAGAUUUUAUUAAUUUUUUUACUUGAAAUUGCCAAUGCCAUUUUAAGUGGUUUUAGUCAGUGGAAGAGGCUGCAGAUGUUACAGUAAACAAGGCUGCAGAAGCUAGAUUACUGUUUAAUGGGGUACUCUGACAAUCAGAUGCGAGUCACCGCCACACUUCCUCAGACCUCUGUUUUGUAAAAAUAUGCUUGCUUCUGCCUGCUUGUGAACGUGCGUACCGACGUACGUAAGUGCGCGCGCGUGUGUGUCGUGACAGCCAAACUGCACAGGAGAGCUGUAACGGCAGUCUGCAGGGGGUGACAGCUUCCCACCAGGACUCUACAGGAACCUGUCAUCACUCCCAUGUCACCUCCAUAGCCACCUACCAGGUUUUAAAUUAAUUACCUUGGCUUUCCGUCUGUCACACCUUACAUCUCACCAUUUAUCAACUGGUAACUAGACAAGGAAGUUUUAGUCACGAAGUUGAUUACGUUUUGAAGUUUGGUUUAUUGGUAUAGCUACAUGAAGUGGAAAUAUCUAAAAACAUUCCAAGUACACCCAUUUUCCCCUUUUUUCAUAGGAUGACACUGUCCACUUUAUUCCUUUCAUCCUUUAUCUCUAUUUUCAGGUUACUCUCUUCUCUGAGGGCAAAUGGGGGACUGCAUUUUGUCAUCUGAGUGCAGUUCUAUUGGUCUAUAACUGGUUCAACAAACAUCCAUACAGUUAACACAGCUAGUCUACUCUGGUGCUACUGUGUAUAGCUCCUGAAUAUUUCAGAUCGUUUUGUCUGGUUUGAAGAUCACUGGAGUAGAAUUAAGUGUUGUGUACUUUCGCUGUGACUCAAGUUCUUCCACAGAAUUCUGCUGAUUCUAGCACAACACACUGGAGGGAGUCUAUAAUAAAAUUAGAUUUGAUAAAA